AUGGCAGUUGGGAUCAGAGUUUCCAUUGCUAAACAAUACAAUCAUAAGAGUUCUCGAACUGCUCGCUCUGAAGAGGACCGAGACAGUCUCUGGGAUGCCUGGGGCUCCUGGAGUGAAUGUUCCCGUACUUGUGGUGGGGGUGCUUCGUACUCCUUGAGACGCUGCUUAAGCAGCAAGAGCUGUGAAGGACGGAAUAUUAGAUAUAGAACAUGCAGCAACGUGGAUUGCCCUCCAGAAGCAGGUGAUUUUCGUACCCAGCAGUGUUCAGCACACAACGAUGUCAAGUAUCAGGGACAGUUUUAUGAAUGGCUUCCUGUCCCUAAUGAUCCUGACAACCCGUGUUCAUUGAGGUGCCAGGCAAAGGGGACCAACCUUAUUGUGGAACUGGCACCUAAAGUCCUGGAUGGAACCCGAUGUUACACAGAGUCACUAGACAUGUGCAUUAGCGGCUUGUGCCAGAUUGUUGGCUGUGAUCGUCAGCUGGGAAGCCCCGUGAAGGAAGAUAACUGUGGGGUCUGUGAUGGCGAUGGUUCCACCUGCCGGCUCGUCCGAGGCCAAUAUAAAUCUCAGCUCUUGGCAAAUAAAUUGGAUGACACUGUUGUUGUUAUUCCCUACGGAAGUCGUCAUGUUCGCCUAGUACUGAAAGGCCCUGAUCAUUUAUAUCUAGAAACCAAAACACUGCAAGGUGUGAAGGGCGAAAACAGUCUCGGCUUCACUGGAUCCUUCAUUGUGGAUAAUUCUUCUGUUGAGUUUCAGAAGUUUGCAGACAAAGAGAUAUUGAGGAUACCUGGUCCUCUCACUGCAGAUUUCACUGUAAAGAUUCAUUAUGUUGGUGUUGCUGACAGUACAGUUCAGUUUAUUUUCUAUCAACCUAUUAUCCACCGAUGGAGAGAAACUGAUUUUUUUCCUUGUUCUGUAUCCUGUGGUGGAGGUUAUCAGCUCACAUCUGCCGAAUGCUACGAUCUGAGAAGCAAUCGAGUGGUAGCUGACCAAUAUUGCCACUAUUACCCUGAAAACAUCAAGCCAAAGCCAAAACUCCAAGAGUGCAACCUAGAUCCUUGUCCAGCAAGUGAUGGAUACAAGCAGAUCAUGCCCUAUGACCUCUACCAUCCUCUUCCUCGGUGGGAAAGCACCCCGUGGACUGCCUGCUCUUCUUCCUGCGGAGGAGGCAUUCAAAGCCGCACAGUCUCUUGCGUGGAAGAAGACAUCCAGGGAUUGGUCAGCUCUGUGGAGGAGUGGAAGUGCAUGUACACUCCCAGGAUGCCCAUUGUUCAGCCUUGCAAUAUUUUUGAUUGUCCUAAGUGGCUUGCUCAAGAGUGGUCUCCGUGCACAGUGACAUGCGGCCAGGGUUUGAGGUAUCGAGUCGUUCUGUGCAUUGAUCACCGAGGAAUGCAUACUGGCGGCUGCAGUCCUAAAACAAAACCGCACAUCAAGGAGGAAUGCAUUGUCCCUACUCCAUGCUACAAGCCAAAAGAAAAACUUCCUAUUGAAGCUAAAUUGCCAUGGUACAAGCAAGCUCAGGAGUUGGAAGAGGGAACGGCAAUUUCUGAAGAACCAACGUUUAUUCCCGAGGACUGGUCUACCUGCAGUGUGACCUGUGGAGUGGGCGUCCAGGCGCGGCUGGUGAAGUGCCAGGUGCUGCUAUCCUUCUCUCAGUCUGUGGCAGAUUUGCCCAUUGAUGAAUGUGAAGGGCCCAAACCAGUGUCCGAACGAGCUUGCUACAGUGGUCCCUGCAACGGAAAAACUGGUGAAGAGACUGAUCUGCCCUUCAGGGGCUCCCAAGAUUUUGAUGAACUUUACGAUUGGGAAUAUGAAGGCUUCACUGAAUGUUCUGAGGCUUGUGGUGGAGGUGUCCAGGAGGCUGUGGUGACUUGCCUGAAUAAACAGACCAGAGAAUUUGCAGAUGAAAAUCUAUGUGUGAGCAGUCGGCGCCCCCCACAGUUGCUGAGGUCCUGUAACCUGGAACCUUGUCCCCCAAGGUGGGAGAUGGGAAAAUGGAGCUCUUGCAGUCUCACCUGCGGUGUGGGGUUGCAAAUCCGCGAGGUUUUCUGCACUCACCUCCUCUCAAGAGAGGCUAAUGAGACAGUGACUUUGGAGGAUAAGCUAUGUCACAAACCCAAGCCCACGGGGGUACAAGCCUGCAACCGUUUUGAUUGUCCUCCAUCUUGGUACCUUCAAGAAUGGCAACAGUGUUCACAGACAUGCGGAGGUGGCAUUGAGAGACGGGAAGUUCUUUGCAAGCAGCGCAUGGCGGAUGGAAGUUUUCUUGAACUUCCAGAAACUUUUUGUUCCACUUCACGGCCAGCUUUCCAACAGGCCUGCAAAAAUAAGGAUUGUCCCCCUGAAUGGCUCCUCUCGGAUUGGACACAGUGUUCUGUUAGCUGUGGAGAGGGAACCCAGACACGAAAUGCCAUUUGUAGGAAAAUGCUAAAUACUGGACUUUCUGCCAUUGUAAACUCAUCACUGUGCCCAUCUCUGCCGCUCUCCUCCUUGGUCAGACCAUGUGUGCUCAUGACUUGCUCAAGAUAUCAGAGACCAGCUCACAAGCAACCCCCCUUAAUACUGGCUCAAAAGAAAGUUUUCAUCCAGACAAGAAAGCAAAAGAAGCUCCAUUUUGUUGUUGGUGGAUACGCCUACUUGUUGCCCAAGACUUCCAUCAUUCUUCGAUGUCCUGUGAGACGAUUCCGGAAACCAAUGAUCACGUGGGAGAAAGAUGGCAAACGACUCAUCAGCUCUGUUCACGUGACCAUCGCGCCGUAUGGAUACAUGAAGAUCCAUCGAUUAAAGCCCUCCGAUACCGGCAUAUAUACCUGCACAGCGGGACCAGCUCAGGAGCAUUUUGUGAUUAAACUCAUAGGAGGCCACAACAAAUGUACCGCCACCUUGUCAUCUGGGAUAAAAGAAGACGAAUCCUCAAGGAAGGUCAGUCUGAAUGAAGCUUUGCAGGGCCAGGAGAAACAUCAGACUAAAAUUCUCUUCAACGGAAGCAAAACUGAAAAACGAGGACUUGUCUCUGAUCCUAGCCACCAGUACGAUGACAUUGUCUCAAGGCUUCUGGAAUACAGAGGCUGGCCCCGGGUUAGUGCGGAGCCCUGGGAAGCUCAGGACUCCACAGAAAGAAAUAUUUCUUCGGAGGAAGAUCAGGGUCAGGACUACAACCUGCCUUUCACUAUGGUCGCCAGUCAGGAUCGUUUAGACGAUAUCUUAAAAAAUUUGUCUCAACAGCCUGAGGAACUGAAGGAUGUCUAUAGCAAGCAACUUAUCUCUCAGCUGGCCCAUGAAAUUUUCAAGAGCCACUUGGAGCAUCAGGAAUCUUUUUUCAAAACCCAGGGAAGCAGAGUCAGCUCUGCCUCAGUGGAAUUUCCGUUCACUAAGCAUUUCUCAGAGUUUAACAGAUUACUGAGAACAUCUUCCUCCGAAGCCCACUUGUCCACGUCUCUAGAACUCGUAAAUGGUUCGCGUGGGCCGCACAAGAAACCUGCCAUCUUGAAGAAGAUCUCUGCGGCACAACAUCUAUCCGCAUCUGAGGUUGUUACCCAUUUGGGGCACACUGUGGUUCUAGCCAGUGGGACAUUAAGUGUACUUCUUCAUUGUGAGUCUGUUGGAAAUCCAAGGCCAAUCAUUACCUGGGCGAAGAAUGGAGAAGCUGUGCAGUACAACAAGAGGAUUCUUCUUCAACCGGAUGACUCCUUGCAAAUCCUAGAACCAGUCGAAGCCGAUGUAGGUUUCUAUACUUGCAAUGCAACCAAUGUGUUGGGCUCUGAUUCUGUCUCCAUUGCCAUCACAUUAGCAGGAAAACCACUGAUAAAGACAUCAAAAACCAUCGUGACCAACCAAAACUUGCCAACUAUUUCUGUUGAUAUCGGAAGCACAGUGAAAACAAUUCCAGGAGUAAAUGUGACCAUUAACUGCCAAAUUGCAGGUGUGCCUGAGGCAGAACUUACCUGGUUCAGGAACAAAAUCAAGAUUCCCCCUGAUCUUCACAUCCAUGAUGGGUCACUGCUGAUUCCAAACGUAUCUAUCUCAGACCAAGGCUUGUAUUCUUGCAGGGCUGCCAACAUCCGCGGGGAGGUAACAGAAAGCACACAGCUAUUAGUCCUUGACCCACCGCAGCUCCCCCAUCAAUUUGAAGACAUGGCAGCCACUCUGUCCCUCGUGGGGCCAGGCAUUCCUUCGGUGAUAACAUCCCCUUCAGGAACAAGAAAAAUAUUGAGCCAAGGAAGCUCGGUGCUCAUAGGCUGCCCAGUAGAUGGUCAUCCAACUCCAAACAUCACUUGGUUUUACGACGGUCAUCCCUUCCAUCUGCCCCAUCAGGUUUUGGCAUCUGGUCAGAUUCUCCAGAUUCUGAAUGUCAGCAAUGAUUAUCUGGGAGAAAUCAGCUGCAGAGCUCAGAAUGAAGCAGGCUUGCUUAUUCAAAAAACAUCUCUGGUCAUCCAAGAUUACUGGUGGUCGGUGGAUAAGAUGUCAUCCUGUUCAGCCUCUUGUGGCAAUAAGGGUCUACAGUAUCAUCAGCUGAAAUGCUUACUGGAUGGAACCCAGGUCAACGUGUCGCAUUGUGUGGGAAAACCCAAGCCAAAUCUGCAACCUGUGGCGUGCAAUAGGAGAGAUUGCCCUUCAAGAUGGAUGGUGACCUCGUGGUCUCAGUGUACCCAGAGCUGUGGUGGGGGCAUCCAGUCCCGACGGGUGACUUGUCAAAAACUGACUGCUGCUGGCAUUUCUGUACCUGUGUCCGGUGAUAUUUGUGCUCAACUGGCCAAGCGCCCAGUAGAUACUCAGAGCUGCAACAGACAGCUAUGUGUGGAGUGGACAACUACGGCCUGGGGACAGUGUAAUGGGCCUUGUGUUGGCUCUCAUCUGGCACUCCAGCACAGGCAGGUUUUUUGCCAGACCAGGGAUGGAGUCUCCGUGCCUUCGGACCAGUGCAGUUCCCUCCCAAGGCCUUUAAACACUCAGAAUUGCUGGACAGAUGCCUGUGGCGUACACUGGAGAGUCAGUCUGUGGACGUUGUGCACUGCUACCUGUGGGAAUUACGGCUUCCAAUCUAGAAGAGUAGAAUGUGUACGUGUUCAUACGAACCAGCCUGUGCAAGAUCACUUAUGCGCCUGGAGACCAAGACCAGCUAAUUGGCAGAGGUGUAACAUCACUCCAUGCGAAAAUAUUGAGUGCAGAGAUACCACCAGGUAUUGUGAGAAGGUGAAGCAGUUAAAGCUCUGCCAACUGGCACAGUUCAAGUCACGCUGCUGUGGGACGUGUGGAAAAGCAUGAAGGCAGCAGCGAAAGAAAGAAAGAAAGAAAGAAAGAGAAAGUGAAUUUUAGCAACCGAUGGCCUUGCUCU